GUAACACCCGAUACCACUUCUGGUUCACGCUUCGUUCAGUUAACAUCUAGUAAUACCAGAGAGACUACAAUGGCAGACCUUAACUCCAGGGAUGUCGAAAAAGCAGAAUUUGCUUUCUCCAUCUACGAUGCCGACGGUACCAAUGUCAUCGAUGCCGUUGACCUUGGUAGCGUUCUCCGGGCUCUCAACCUGAACCCUACAAACGCCACCAUAGAAAAGCUAGGCGGAACAAAAAAGAGGGGCGAGAAGUUGAUGAAACUCGACGAAUUCUUGCCAAUUUACAGCCAAUGCAAAAAAGAUAAGGAACAGGGAUGCUACGAGGAUUUCGUCGAGUGUUUGAAACUUUACGACAAACAAGAAAACGGAACUAUGCUGGCUGCUGAACUUUCACAUACGUUACUUUCACUUGGUGAGCGCCUUUCCGAUCCAGAAGUCGAACAGUGCCUGAAAGACUGUAUGGACGCAGAAGACGAAGACGGUUUCAUCCCCUAUGGCCCGUUCCUUAAGAGAUUGUGCGGUAAAGCGGCAGAAGACGAAUGAAGUAACACCAUCUCACUGUAAUGUCGAUAAUCAUCCGUCAGCAAACUCCAUGUCAACGAGGGACACGUCUGUUCGUCAUAUUCAUCAUACUACUCUCAUCUUCUGUUAAAAAUCAUGCGCGGCUAAGCGUGUUGUAUUUCAUAUUUACGCGGUGAAACAUCGAAUAAUAACAUUAUCAUCGUCGAGCGAUUUGGGCAAAUAAAGAGAAAUAAAAUCAAAUUGAUCACCUUUCAAGACAAAACGAAAUUUCGUGGAACGAAAACUAUAUAUAUAUAUAUACAUAUACAUACAUAAUAUAAAGUACUGUUCGAAGAAUGGGCAACAUUUAUCGUUACUCGAUCCGAUCUUCAAUGUACAUCAUAAGAUAUCUGUAUUUAUAAUGAAAGCGAUGUAUAAUAUGUUAAUAUAUGUAUACUAAUAUUGUACGAAACCGAAUGAAAGUACUGAUGUUAUUUUACUUCUCACUGUUAAUUUAAUAAACUGCACCCCCUCGU